GAGAUGGCAAAUUCUGUCUAUCUGGUGAUGGAGUACUGUAAUGGUGGCGACCUUGCUGACUACCUCCAUUCGAAGGGGACCCUCAGUGAGGACACCAUCCGACUGUUCCUGCAGCAGAUAGCUGGUGCCAUGAAGAUGUUGCACAGCAAGGGGGUCAUCCAUCGUGACCUGAAGCCCCAGAACAUCCUGCUAUCUUGCACGGGAGGCCGUAAAUCCAAUCCCAACAAUAUCCGGAUCAAGAUAGCUGACUUUGGCUUCGCUCGCUAUUUACAGACCAACAUGUUAGCAGCAACGUUGUGUGGAUCCCCCAUGUAUAUGGCCCCAGAAGUCAUCAUGUCCCAACAUUACGAUGCUAAGGCAGACCUGUGGAGUAUUGGAACCAUUGUAUACCAGUGCCUGACUGGCAAAGCCCCUUUCCAGGUAAGCUCUCCUCCCGCUCCUCACCACCACCUUUGUUUUGUUGGACACAUGGGGCUGGGCUCAAGUUGCCAACUCUCCUGGAUUGCCCUGGAGUGUCUAAAAAUCAAACGUUAA